AUGACCAGGUACAAAUCAUCGCAUAACCCUGAGAUACGACCUGAGGACAGGCCUUUGUGUCUGGGAGGGGAAGGAUGUGGAGAGGAAAGUUCAAGACCAGAAAAAGAAGAGCAAACCAAAGAGAGAGACGCCUUCUUCGACAAGAUUACCAAGAACCUUCCAAGUGUGGACAGUGCUGUGGAGUCUUGGAACAGUUCAGGAUUGGGAGUGUCCCUUAACGAAGCUAGGGUCAAAGAACGCCCCGGAAAGACAGGAUAUGAUGGAACAGAUCAUGGACUUGAUGACAGUUGCAGACCUAGAGAAUGGGAAGAUGAAGAUUGGGAACUUCAGACCCACAGUAACCACAGCUGUAGAAGCUAUGGUAGCAGUCAUUCCGGUGGAUCUGAUGAGAAACAGAUUGGUUGGUCGGAAAAUCUAAAAAACCCUGAAGUGUGUAGAGAAACAGAAGUAGAUGUGGAAAGUGAUCCUAGUUACACGAUUAGUUCACAGUUACACUUCUGUGGCACAGUGCAAUCAUCCAGUGAGAUAUUUUAUCCAUCAAGGUCCCAGGCAGUAUCUUUGGAACAGCUCACUGAACUGGUUAACGAACUAGGGCAAGCUGAAGAUGAACCACAAAGAUGCAACACCUUACCUCACUCUGCAUCCAGGAAAAACAGGGAGCAAAGUGUUGAAGACAGUGCCAUGUCUUUAUAUUCAUCUUCUUACCAGAGUUCUUUGGUCGUCUCGUCGGUACCACUUGAAAUACAUACAGUGACUCUGUUUAAAGAUCAAGUGUAUGAAGACUUUGGGUUUAGUGUUUCUGAUGGAAUGUACGAAAGAGGGGUCUAUAUCAACAGGUUACGUCCAGGAGGACCUGCCAGCGUCAGUGGCAUUUUGAAACCAUUAGACAGGAUAUUACAGGUAAAUAACACAAAAACUCGAGACUUCGACUGCUGUCUGACAGUACCGUUGAUAGCGGCAGCAGGAGACCGUAUCGAACUUCUUGUAAGCAGGCCAGCGUACGAAAGUCGAAUAUCUCUAGUUGGAAGGGAAAACACUCGCCAUCCUUGGAUGGACGAGGAAAGUCGAGAAGACUGCUCAUCACCCCAGCUUCCACCAGAAGACACUGAAAUACCUAACAAAGACUGUUUGAUAGUUUGUCAGUGGAACGUUAGCGCAGUAGACAUAGAGGAAGGUCGAGAAGACUGCUCAUCACCUCAGCUUCCACCAGAAGACACUGAAAUACUAACAAAGACUAUUUGAUAGUUUGUCAGUGGAACGUUAGCGCAGUAGACAUUGAGGAAGGUCGAGAAGACUGCUCAUCACCUCAGCUUCCACCAGAAUACACUGAAAUACUAACAAAGACUGUUUGAUAGUUUGUCAAUGGAACGUUAGCGCAGUAGACA